AAAUUCGAGCAGUUUUUGACAGUUCGCAAAUCGAAGCAAAGUUGCUGUUCAGCUUGCGAUUUUAGUUGAAUCCAAAACAGAUUUUCGCCAAUCCAGCUAAAAUAUUGCUGUUUUUGACGCAACCGAACGAUGAGUGACGCCAAUUAAGCGUUGGAAGAGACUGAAACGUCGGAACUUGCUUACGAAGACCUAGAAAUGCUGGAAAACGAAGGGUUUGAGUUCAGUUUGCCUGCAGGGGAUACCAACCUUGAAGGUGUUAAGAUAGAACCGGAAGUUGUCAUCUUCAAAGAGGAACCCAUCGGAGACGAAUCUUCAACAGAAGCCGACCAUGAUCCAAUUCUGUACCCUUCAGCUGCGGAAGAAGGUUGUCUAUUUUGCCAAAAUGCACCUCUACAGGAAUCGAUUCCUGGUCACGAAUCGAUCCGUGUCAAGAAGAUUGAGUUUGUGCUGAAUACAAAGUUGCAAACUUCUGGAGCGCCUUGUUGCUGCAGUUGCUGGAGUACCUUCCAAAGUUUCUACAAAUUCAAGCGAUCCUGCUUGCUGGCACUGUCCAAAAGGGUCGAAGCCAUGAAGGUCAAGAUUGACGAGAUCAAGACCGAAUUGGAGGGCGGUUCGUCAGAAGAGGUCGUUGAGCCAAAUGCGGCGCAGAAAACGUGUAAAAUUUGUUUCAGGAAAUUCAAGACUUUUCAAACGCUGCGAUUGCACGUGACGAACCAUCGAGAGCCGAAGCAUUGCUGUGAGAAAUGUGGUGAAAAGUUUUUUUACACGAAGGACUACAAGAAACACAGCACGGAAUGCUUCGUGGAUAAGCUUCUAGAAAGUACCGUUCCUUCGAGCGAUUUGCUGAUGCCAAAAACCGACCUUCCUGACCAGCAAGCCGGCGUACAGGAAGCCGAACCAUCCUGCAAACACUGCAACCGUCCCUUCCCCAAAGAAGCUCUAAAAGCUCACCGGCAGCAAUGUGAGCAGCGACCUCCGCGGCGUUCGCUCAAGAACAUCCAGUGCGCCCACUGUCCGAAACGGUUCGCGCGCGAUGCUUCCUACCAGCUGCACCUCAACUUCCACAACGGCAUCCGGACGGUGCAGUGCCGCAACGAGGGCUGCACCAAAAUGUUCACCAUCGGCAAACGGCGCUACGAGCACGAGAAGAACUGCAUCAAUCCGCAGAACGUUCACAUUUGUCCCAUCUGUGGGGCCCAGCUGCGGACGGACAAAACACUGCGCGAGCACGUUCGCAAGCACAGGGAUCCGCGGUUUGAGUGUGCGCUUUGCGAGAAGCGUUUCAAGACCAACGACGAACUGAAGAAACACACAGCGGUCCAUACUGGCGAGCGGAAGUUUCAGUGUCAAACUUGCGGAAAGAGGUUCAAGUCGUACGAGGCCAAUCGGGUUCACCAGCGGAUUCAUACCCAAGAAACGCCGUACGCCUGUACGGUGUGCGGGCAGCAGUUUCGGUACAACUGUUUGCUUAAAACGCACAUGGCGAAGGGGCAUUGAGAGUGCGUGUUAAGUUUGUUAAUAUUAGAAACUACACUUUACGAAGUUAAUGA